GAAAAGCCUGCGGAUAACUCUGUGGUGCUGCGUGGGUUUUCUCUUCCUUCUUCUUUCUUAACUUGCCAAAUGAACUCAGCGCUUUUCUUUGCGCUCCACAUUCUUUCGUCCUUUUACUUUGUUGAUAUCUGAAAGGCAUGAACAGCGGCGGUGUUCAAGUCGCGGCUGCUCGCAGCGCCUUGGUUUCACCCGUCCUCUCCUCCUCUACCGAUGUCACUACGCCACACACCGUCGUAGCCGACUUACCCGCGACGUACUACCGUGGCGGCGUCCCCGCUGAAAAGUCCUCGGUGACGUUGACCUCCCUCUCUCCCCUGACCCCACCAAACCGCCACACCACACGCAGCGACGACGAUCUGCAGCUGUCGACUGCCUUUUCCCUCCCUGCCGGUCUGCUGUCGCCUUCGCAGCGGUAUUUGUUGGACGUGAUUCAGCAGCAGCAGGAGCGCAUUGCGGCGCUACAGUCGUCGCUGUUGCACGCGACGCAGCUGAUGCGGCGCACAUCGCACCCCUUCUCCUUCGACGCCGCCUCCGAAAGUGCGUGUGACAGUCCGCCCCUUCCAGAGGGCGCAGCACCCUUUCUGCCGUUGUCAUCGCCUUUCGUGUCACUCAUCAAGGGAGGGAUUUCCGCGGACGUGUCGCUGACGGAGGCGUCCGCGGCGACCCGCAGAAGCUUUUCCUUUGACGGCGAAGUCGACGGUGACCUCAUCCCUGCAAGCAGCAGCACUGCACUAAUGAGCACUGAUGUGGUGGACACACUUCCUGGGCCUACUGCAGUUCCCCAUGACCUGCGCCUCAAUGCCGGUGGUGCCACGGUGGGCGUCCAGGGAACACCACCUGAACGCUCUGCGGUAGCUUCGGCGGUGGACGUUGCUGCAGAGGCGGCGAACAGCGGCGGCGACGGAGGCGUGGAUGCGUGCCACGAGCAGUCAGUGCAAAGGGCAACUCCUUUGAGGAGCUCGCCGACGAACACGACGACUUCACCCGCCAACUCCGUGCCGCGCACCGACGGCCUCCUUGACGCAGCUGCAACGCGUGACGACGAUGUCAGUUUCUGCGGCGAGGGUGUGUAUGUGAGCGUGCAUGCAAUGAUCGACGACGAGACAGUCGAGGGUAGCGAUGACAGCUCAGACGAUCGCCUCCGUAACCCCACACCGAAAUCCACGUGUGCUGAGAGCACCAACGAUGAGCUUGCACGCCUCGCACGCACGGUGCAGACGCUGUCCGACGCACACCGGCGCCUGCGUGUGCGCUGCGCGCGUGAAGCGUGCGACAGACGCGACGUCGACGACCGCCUUUGUGCGAUGAUCGGCUGCGUGCGGUCCGCCCUCGACGACGCCGACCGCCCCACCGCGCCGCCGACGCCGCUGUUUAAUGUAAACGUGCUCAAGUACAUGCUGCGGCAGUGCGCACGCAUCCUCGCAUCCGCCAGCGCUGACGAGGCGGCGCCGCCGACCUCCUCCGCACCUCCUCUUUCUUCACCACAGGGCCACCACACACAGAGCUCCUCCGCUACCCGAGAUGCUGAACGAACGGCGGAGUCGCUGGGUAUCGUCCUGCACCGACGACGUGACCGACUGUACGUGUGA